CAUCAUGCAGCUUAAAACCCAUGCGAGAACCAAGUUUAGAGUGAAGCUCUUCCUCGCUCCCCAUCCGAUCCCAUCAUGCAUCGUGAGCGACUCCUCACCGUCUCCAUCGUGGCCACCUGCUCUACGAACGAACGCUCUGAUAGAGCGCUUUCGAGGGGGGCUUUCAUCGAUGAAAACAUGGUGGGUCAACUCCUCCUCCAUUAUUCCUUGGAGAAGACGAUCUCCCCACAUCAAAUGAAAGGGAAGAGGAAACGGCUAGAGUUCACAGAUCUGGUCCUGCGUCUGCGGCACGGUUUCGUUGUCUUCCUUCCUCCUACUGCGGAGUAACAGCAUCGUAUGGACCCGCCAAUUAAAUGGGCUCAGUCUGCGUGAAGACCGGCAGGAAGCACAAGGCUCGCUCGUCCUCCGCCUCCUCGUGCUCCGCGACGUAGACGAGUCGAGACAUCGCAUUUCUUCUUGGUGGGGAUGGAGACAGGUCUUUCUUCUUGAUCUUCCACGCAGAUCAUACGCUUCAUGUCUCCGAUUUCAGUGACGUGCUGAUGCUUCUGUUGGCGAGGAAGACAUGGAUCCUUUGGCCUCGUCUGUGGUAGUCUUAUACCUAUAUAUGGAUAGAAUAAUGGUUUCAGCCAAUUUAAGGCAGCGGGUUGUGGAUUCGUAUUGCAAAUCCCGUCGGCAGAAGAGAACGAUUUGGAACGGUUGAAUGAAGAUUUUGAGUCAACCGCAUCGCCUUUUGCUGUAGUGGAAUCCCCCGAAGAGGCUGUCGAUUGCGUCGGCUUGGGUGGCGAGGAGGGAAGGCGAUGCGAUGGCCUUCGGGGAGAGUGGCGACGUGCAGCUGUUGGAGAUCUCCGGGCGAGCUCGCAGGCUGAGCUACGUGGUCAGUUCAUGGUUUAAGGUGGCCAACCUCGAUGGCGGAUCGAAGAACGCCGGCCGUGGUCUUCCGAAGACGAAGGAGAAGGCAGGGUUUUUGGGCAAGGGAGAACUCGUGGAGGGAGGAGGGUUGCAGGGGUCGAGAAGAUUGGCAGUGCCGGAGGAAGAGAAGCUCUGCGGCAGUCGUUCGUGGAGGAGCUGCGGGGCGGAGCUGAAAGAAGUGAUCAGAGACAGCCUCUACGGCCGCAGCCUGCUGCUGAACUCUUCCGACGAUGAGAAGGCGUCGUCUAGCCGAUCAUUAGGUUUCCAUCCGAGAAGUGGAUCGAAUGCCUCCCGUCACGAGGAAGAGGUCAACACAAGGAAUCCAAUCACAGCCUCGGGUCAACCCAUGAAGAUGAAAGCUCCAAGCUUGAUCGCGAGGCUUAUGGGAUUGGAACAAGUCCCUGCCGAAUCCAUCAAAAGAAAACAACAGGUUCGAGCGCCCGAGGCGACAAGGUCGAUGCUGCAAAAGAUCGAACGCAGCAGAAGAUUCGAUACGGAUGACGAAGCCACAUCGUCGAGGAGAGGAGCGAAGCAGGAGGAGCUCGGUUCCUGUAAGACUUCAGGAAGACAAGUGGCACACGAAUCAGAAAGGAAGGAAGUUGAGAUCUCGAAGAGUGGAAUGGCAGCAGGUUCUUCCGCGUGUGAUGGGCGACAAAAGUCGGGUUCGGAUCGAAAGCAAGCACAGAGCAGAAGAGAUGUGAAGACUGCAGCAGCUCCGGUGGUUCACGCCAAGAAGACGAGAACAGCAUCAACCGAGGCCCGAAAGCAGAGCAUCGCUUUCGGCAGAGGGAGACCACAGCAACCGGUGUCGAGGAGCUCCACCAUUACUGCGUCAACAGAGAAGAAGGUUACUGGAUCAAAACCAGCUCAAAAGACUGCCAAAUUCAAGACUACAGAGCGGAAAGACGGUGAAGGAAUCAUCGAUCCUUACCGCAAGGCAGAGGAUGCAUCAGCGAUCAACAUUAUUAUACCUGCGGCUCAACCUCCUAAACAGAGAAGGCUGCACCCAAGAGCAGCCAUCAAUGAGAAGAUCAUGUGCGAGAUCAUGCCGAAGCCCAGCACAAGUCCUGGCAAAGCAAAAGCAGCAGUUGCGAAGCUUGUUGGCAGCGAGGCCAGAAACACCGCUAAAAGAGAAGAUAAAGAGGGAUACCUGGAAGCCUUACUUCUCUCACUCCUGUCGCAUGCGCAUGAGAUGAGCCUCGCUGAGCUGAAGCAGGUUGACGAAGAUGCCAAGCUGUAUUGGGAUUGCGCAGAGGAGUCGGUAGCGCGUAAAAGGAGCCAUCGAGAUCUCUGCGCCCACCCUCUGCUGCCGGCCUGCUCGAGGAGCUCGUCAGCGGACGACGCGGCCAUGGAUAAGCUGGUGGGGGAGAUGAGCAGGGGAAUGAGAAGGCUCGCCAGUUACGGUAAGGCGGACGAGAAGGUGGCUUCCACGGACGGGCUUUACGUGAGACUGGAGAGGGAUCUCCGAUGCGGAGAUGGGUGGUUGAACGCGAUGUGGGACUUGGGCUGGAGGAACGGCAUUUGCGUGGAAGAAGUUGAUGGCGUUGUGGGUCAGGUGGAAGAGCGUGUCAUGUCUGCACUCCUCGAGGAGGUCGCCAUGGAGUUGAAGCACUGACGGUUCUAUUGCGAGAAUAAACAUGGAAAUAUACCUAUAUCUCCAUGAUCCAUUUGACACAAAUGACUGUGUCAAGUGUUCUGAGCAUCCAUAUCUCUCUCUCUU